CGAGAGAACGAUCGGUCCAUUUUUGAACCGCCCUUUCGACUCUGAAUGGUAUAAAGCACGGCGAUUCUCGCUUGUUGAGCACCAAGGUCGUCCAAGACUCCAUUAUCCCGGAAUCCCUACCUCUUUUCUCUCAAGCUUAACAUGGGUCAAGUCAAGGAAGUCGAUGUCAUUGUAUGCGGUGGUGGUCCCGCUGGUUGUGUCGUUGCCGGUCGCCUGGCCUUCGCCGAUCCCAAUUUGCAAGUCAUGCUCAUUGAGGCCGGUGCCAACAACAAGGACGAUCCGUGGGUCUACCGCCCUGGUGUCUACGUCAGGAACAUGCAGCAGAACGGAAUCAACGACAAGGCUACCUUCUACGUUGACACCAAGGAGUCUUCUUACCUCCGUGGCCGUCAGUCCAUCGUUCCCUGCGCAAACAUUCUCGGAGGUGGUAGCAGCAUCAACUUCCAGAUGUACACUCGUGCUUCUGCUUCUGAUUGGGAUGACUUCAAGACUGACGGCUGGAAGGCUAAGGACCUUCUCCCUCUCAUGAAGCGCCUUGAGAACUACCAAAAACCCUCCAACAACAACACCCACGGCUACGAUGGCCCUAUUGCGAUCUCCAAUGGUGGUCAGAUCACCCCCCUCGCUCAGGAUUUCCUUCGGGCCUCCGAGGCUAUUGGUGUCCCCUUCAGCGACGAUAUCCAGGACCUCGACACUUCCCAUGGCGCUGAGAUUUGGGCGAAGUACAUCAACAGGCAUACGGGUCGCCGCAGUGACGCCGCUACCGCUUACGUCCACAGCGUGAUGGAUGUGCAGAACAACCUGCACCUCCGUACCAACUCAAAGGUCGCUCGUGUCAUCUUUGAGGGCAACAAGGCUGUCGGUGUCGCCUAUGUUCCCGCUAAGGGCCGCACCCACCUCAAUGAGGUCCACGAGACCAUCGUCCGCGCUAGGAAGUGCGUCGUCAUCUCGUCCGGCACCCUUGGCACUCCCCAGAUCCUUGAACGCUCUGGUGUCGGUGAUGCUAAGCUCCUGAAGAGCCUCAACAUCCCCAUCGUCAGCGACCUUCCGGGUGUUGGUGAACAAUACCAGGACCACUACACCACCCUGACGCUCUACCGUGUGUCCAAUGAGUCUCUUACCACCGACGACUUCCUCCGUGGUGACAAGGAAGCCCAAGACAAGCUCUUCGCACAAUGGGAACACAGCCCUGAGAAGGCGCUCCUCUCUUCUAACGCAAUCGAUGCUGGCUUCAAGAUCCGUCCGACUGCUGAGGAGCUCAAGGAGAUGGGUCCUGAGUUCAACGCACUCUGGGACAAGUACUUCAAGGACAAGCCCGACAAGCCAGUUAUGUUCGGCUCCAUCGUCUCCGGCGCAUACGCCGACCAUACCCUGCUGCCCCCUGGCAAGUACAUCACCAUGUUCCAGUACCUCGAGUAUCCCGCCAGCCGUGGAAAGAUCCAUAUUCAAAGCUCGAACCCGUACCAUGUCCCCAACUUUGAUUCUGGCUUCCUGAACAAGAAGGCCGACUUUGCUCCCAUCCGCUGGAGCUACAAGAAGACCCGUGAAGUCGCGCGUCGCAUGGACGCCUUCCGUGGCGAGCUCACCUCGCAUCAUCCUCAUUUCCACCCUGCCUCCCCGGCCGCGGUCAAGGACAUCGACAUCGAGACUGCUAAGCAGAUCUACCCCGAUGGCCUCACCGUCGGUAUCCACAUGGGCACCUGGCAUCGUCCUGGCAAGCCGUACGACGCCAGCAAGGUGCACGAGGACAUCAAGUACACGCCUGAGGACGACGAGGCGAUCGAUAACUGGAUCGCAGACCACGUCGAGACCACCUGGCACUCUCUCGGUACUUGUGCGAUGAAGCCUCGCGAGCAGGGUGGUAUCGUUGAUGGCCGUUUGAACGUUUACGGCACGACCAACCUCAAGUGUGCUGAUCUCUCCAUCUGCCCGGACAACCUCGGCACCAACACGUACUCGUCUGCCCUGCUGGUCGGUGAGAAGGCUGCAGAUUUGCUUGCGGAGGAUCUCGGCCUCAAGCUGAGGAUUCCCCAUGCCCCGGUCCCCCACGCUCCCCUCCCCAAGGGUAAGGCCUCUGCUGCGCUUCCCCGUUAUUCUGCUUGA